AUGGUGCUGCUCUGCACUAUGCCACCUGCUCCUCUGGCUGUGAAUGUAGCUGCAACUCGCCCACUAAUUCUGGAGCUUAUGACAUCUGUAGCUGCGCGAGAGCAUGUUCGCGUGUUGGCUGGGACCACUUACGGACGCUGCGUGCUUGGACUUGCGGGGUUCUUGACCUUUGUGACCAAGAGCAUGGCUACAUUCGUUAAGUGUGUGGAUGACAAUGUGAGCGCCGAUGACGUGAAGAUUAUGCAUGAAAUGCUUCUGCUGCUCGCUGAAGCGGUGAUCGACGAGGACAAUGCUACUUUUAUCGCUCGUGUCGGAGCUCAUCCUUUGCUGAUGCGGCUUAUGGAGCACGAGUGCGAAGACAUUCAAGAGGCAGCUGCAGAGGUCGUAUCACGGUGCACAAGUAGCCCGUCUGCUAUUACAUUCCCUCAUCGCAUACGCCAAGUGGUAGAAGUUGAGCGUUUGUGGCCGCGUGUAGUGUCGCUGCCUUUUGAUCCCCGCGAUAAUUUCCAUAAGAUUGCGAACGGCAGCCACCAGAGCACGAUAGAUGUGCUUAUUCAUCAAGUCCCUACUCGCAUGACAGGCCAACGAAAAACGGGCUAUCUUUUGUGGGGAGCAGCAUUUGUUCUUGCUCGCUGGAUUCAUAAGCACCGGGAACUGUUCAUGGGAAAAAGAGUUAUCGAAGUGGGUAGUGGUCUUGGACUCGCGGGCAUCACGGCGGCUCGGUAUGCAAGCCAAACGACGCUGACGGAUUACCAAGCGGACACGUGCACGGCGCUUGAGUAUAACGCGCAGCUCAACAAACCGUUUACGCAUGAAUUUGACCCGGCAAAGCCUGAAGUGAAGGUGUCGCUUCUGGACUGGGACCUCCCUGCAAGUAUCGAGAGUGUCCCUAAGGCCCAAGUUGUUAUCGGCAGCGACAUUAUCUGUGAGCCCAGCACGGCCGAAGGAUUUUUGCGUGUUGUGCGACACCACGUGUUAAGCGACCCCCAUGGCGUGGCCUACCUCAUGAAUGCCAAUAGCCACAGUCGUUUUGGUGUCACCAACCUACACGCACUCCUUGCUGCCAGCGUCGAUCUUUCCUACAGCAUAACACCAGUUGGUGAACUGCCUGACGGUGCAGAUCUUCUUGAGACAGUCAGCGAUGUGCAGGAACUCUCGUAUGAAUUCUACGAGAUUCGUUCAGCCUCUUGUUAA